GUCCAACGCUAACAAAUUUCAAACUGGGCGGCGGGUAGAAAGAUCUGACGAGAAAAUACAAUACAGUAAAAGGAUAUAGCUAAAUAGUUAAAUAAUGACGAGCACACUGAAAGGUAUUACCCUGAAAGGAAGCGCUGAGCUUGUGGCCGAGUUUUUCUCAUUCGGUAUCAACAGCAUCCUGUACCAGCGAGGGAUCUACCCUCCGGAGACGUUCUCCCGAGUCACCCAGUAUGACAUGAGCCUUCAGCUCACUACUGACACCAAGCUGAAGAACUACCUGACCAACGUGGUAUCUCAACUCAAAGAGUGGCUGUUUGACUGCACAGUGCAGAAGCUGGUGCUGGUGAUCACAUGUCUGGAGACCAACGAGGUGCUGGAGAGGUGGCAGUUUGACAUUGAGUGUGACAAGAGUGCCAAGGAGAUCAGUGCUCCCAGGGAGAAAUCCAUCAAGUCCAUCCAGGAUGAGAUUCGCUCAGUCAUCAGACAGAUCACCGCCACUGUCACCUUCCUACCCCUGCUGGAGACUGCCUGUGCCUUCGACCUCCUCGUCUACACCGACAAGGACCUGGAAGUGCCGGACAAGUGGGAGGAGUCAGGCCCCCAGAUCAUUGACCAGUCGGAGGAGGUUCGCCUGCGCUCCUUCACCACCUCCAUCCACAAGGUCAACAGCAUGGUGACCUACAAGAGGACCGACUCAGCCUAGAACCUGACCUCUAACCUAUGACCCCCACUGUACAUAGUUAACUCUCAUGGUCGCCUCUCCCCUGCUGCGUACUAUAGGUAUGUUGGAGAUUGACUACAACUGAUCUACAAAUCAUACUCGGUAGUCAUUUAGGAUACCAGGUGAUUUGUAGAUGAGUCAGUUUGGAGUCCCCGGCUGCAAUCUCAAACGCACACAAUGCAUAUGACACAAUACAUAUGAAAACAGAAAUGUUACACUGCCCUCUUCUCCCUUCAACUCAUGUCUCAUUAUCUUUACAUACAGUGCCUUCAGAAAGUAUUCUGGCCCCUUAACUUUUUCCACGUUUUGUUACAGCUGUAUUCGUAUUAUGUAUUCAAUGUUAUUUCCCCCCUCAUCAAUCGUCACACAAUACCCCAUAAUGACAAAGCAAAAUAGUUUGAAAAAAUGUAUUUUUGCUAAUUUAUAACAAACUGAAAUAUCACGUUUACAUAAGUAUUCAGACCCUUUACUCAGUACUUU